AUGUCUAUGAAGGUGUACAUCGCACAUUCUGGCCAGUGUUUGCUGGCUGAAGCCGAAACUUUUAAUUCCUUAGAUUCCCUAAAGUUAUGGAUUUCCAAAAAUAGUAGGGUGGAUACACAAGAUCAAAUUGCCUUAAACUCUCACGGGAAACAUGUCAAAUUUGAUAGUUUUUCUAAAGAAAAGGAGAUAUUCAUAUUUGAUAGACGUAUAAUACAAUCAACCUCGACCAGUGGGCCAAAAACAUCAAUCUACGAUAAUUGCACAGCCACCAUCUAUCAAGUGUCAAAGCCUCCAGAGUCAGUCUCGGACCACAAUGAUAUUGAGGCAUGGAAAGAUUUACUCAAAAACCGACAAGAAUGGGCGCGCAGUAUUGCAACCGACUGUCUUCGAAUGCUAGAUGAAGUUCGAGCCCGACGUUUUGAAAUGGAUGUUAUUAUCAAAAGUGCCUCCACCGCUGCGCGCAACAUCCAAAAGCAUAUAAUAGCCCUAGACAACAAAAAUGUACUAAUUCAGAGCUGGGUCGAACAUGUUCGCAAGGUACAGGGGCUGCCGAAUAUAGAUUGGGAUGUUAUUCUAGAGUCACUACGAACUAUAGUAGCUGGUGAAGAAAUAAUUAACUUUAUCACACGCUGUCAGCCUAAAAGACAGCAAAAGCCCAAUUUGGGAGAGCUGAUAGAUAUUGAAAAAUUCAAUAGAGCAAAAAUGCUUGCCCAAAAGUUACCACAACAGCUCCUCCAAACUAGUGUUGAUCUCAGAAAAAAGAUAGACGAGAUCUACUCACACUCCGACAGAAUUUUUGAUAUUGUCUCCAAGGAAAUGCCUGAUAGAUCUCAAGAAAAAGUAGCUUUGGAGCCGGUGCAAAUAUCGAAAGAUGUUGAGGCUCUAUCAAAGAAACUAUAUCUAGAAUGCGACAGUAUCCUUCAAAUCCGGAAUUCCAAUCUAAUCUUACAAGCAUCAAACUCUACAUCAGUGCAUACCAAAACGAUAAUCCCUAAUCUAAUGAGCAGAACAAUAGAAAUUGACAAUUUUCGCCGGCAGGUCACAAAUACACGUAAUUCUUUGGCUUCACAAUCGAUAGAAGUCAUGCAACGUAUAGCUUUUCUGACCUCAAUGAUAACCGACGUGACGGCGCGAUUGACAGCAAUAGAACCUUGUGAAGAUUUGGUUGAUGCAGUGCAAACACUGACGGACGUAAAAUCGAUACCUGUGACAUAUGCAUCUUUUCUGGCUGAAGGUAUUAGGCGUAAGCGGUGGAAUGAAAAGAUAGAAACAGAAUUAUCUACCCUUACUAACGAAAUGGCACUAUUCAGGGAAGAGGAGACCAAAAGACGGUGUAAAUGGCAGAAGAACGUGGGUAGUGUACUCUGGGGAGAAAAAGUCGAACAGAAUGUGUCCAGGUUAACAGUCAAGGUUGAGAGUUCAGGUGAUGAUUGGCCCGAAAUAUCAAAGCAACACCUCACAGAACUCCUUGAAAUUCUACAGGCAAGCGAUUCACAGUCUUCUGUUGCAAUAGAUGUCUCAAAUAUAAUAUCAAGCCUCGAUAAUCCUACCAAAUCAUUAUCAUUACGAGCCAAAGUCUCGUUUAAAGCUGGAAGUCUUCAUGAGAAUUCACUGGGAAAUAGUAGAUUAUUAUUUAGAGGUGACCCGGAGCUCGUUUGUAUUUUACAAGAAGAGAACGAAAAGACAACAAGAAAACUGAAGACUGCUGAAAGUCGAGUGCGUAGGCUAGAGAACCUACUUCAUCAACAGACACAAGUCAACCGUAUGUCUUUGGGAAACUUUCAUCAAGUGCCAUCCUAUCCAACUUCUGAUCCCUCAAACCAUAUUAAUUUAGCCCGCUCACCUCGGCUUCCAGAAGUCCUUUCACGUCGCUCCUCAAUUUCUUCUUGGAUACCUUCAACAAACCAAGGAAAUGAAGAUAAAUCUCAUCAGCAAAGAAUUUCUUCCCUCGAGAACGAGCUCUGCAUCGAAAGAGAGCGCUCAAUGGGCCUGGAAAGAAAAGUUCUAGAUAGGAAGAUAGUAGAAGAAAGUUUAAGGAAUCAGUUUGAGGAAACUAAUUCUACAAAAAGAGAUUUACUUCAAAAUUUUGAAGCUCAACAACGGGAAUUCACAGAAGAGCGUAAGUCAUUGAUAUCUGAUAUUAAAAAGCUAAAAGCUCAAAAGGAGGAUCUCGAGGAGGAGCUUGACCGUUAUGUAGAUAUCAGGGACGGCGAAAAGAUUCGUAUCUAUGAUGGUGAAAACAGUUUACCAGAUCAACCUAAAGCCCAGUACAGUACAAAAUUAGAGAAUCAAAAACUGCCAGGUGUAUGGGAAUUUUCCGGAGAUUCUCACAAACAGGUUGCGGGCGAGAGGAAGACCAAGAAUUUGGUACUAAGAGAAAAUGAAGAUAGCGCCGCCCUUCUCGCUCGCGCUGAAAAAGCGGAAAAAAAGGCAGACCACUACUUCGAAGUUGUCCAAAACUUAUAUAAAGAGCUACGUUCAGAAAACUUCUUACCAGAGAAUAAUAGCUCUUCCGAUGACUUAAUUGGUUUAUACAGGAGUUUAUUCCAUGAGCUUCAAAUCGCAAAAAAUGAUGCACGCAAUGCUAGAGCAGAUCAUGAUAUUACCCAGAUAGAUCUACUUGAACUGAGAGGAGAGAUUAAACGGGUAAAGAAUAAGCUUUCUGUAGAGGAAUUAGACUCUUUUGGAUUGCGUGAAAGUUUGGCUGAAAAAUCCAAAAAAGUUUCUGCUCUUGAAACAAAAUUGACCACUUUGCAUCUGGAACUCACCGAAAUCAGAGAAAAGUUUGCCGAGACCGAGAAAGAAAUGAAUACCCUGAAUACUCAACUUGAAGAAGAGAGACUUCAAGUUUCCAAAUUGAUGGCAAUUAUAUCUCAACGAACGUUACGUAUCGAAACUUUAGAAGAAGAGGUCAGAGCCCAACAUGAAAAAAACCAAUCAGCACAGAAUGAGAAUGAGAAACUUUUAUUACGACUCGAAAGCCGAACUUCUAAGGCGAAAGAUCUUAGCCAUCGAGUUUACUUUCAAAAUGAUCGGUUGUGUCGGCUCCUCGAACGGCUAAGCUAUUCGGUCACGCGAGAAGGCCGAUCCAUGCUUAUUCAGAGAUUACCCAGGCUCGAGCGGUCUAAUGUUAAUGAUUCACCAGACGUAAAUACAUCUAUCCGACAAAGCUUUUCAGAUACAAUGGGAAAAAAACUACCUAUAGAAAAUAGUAGCCUUGGACUCGUAAACUGGAUACACAACGAUGAUCUUACUGUUGAAUCUGACAAAUUUACUUCAUUCUUAAGUACAGUGGGUAAUCUUGAUGUCGAAGCUUUCUGCGAUACACUGGCCAAACGUGUCAAAGACCUCGAAUACACAGCCAAGAAAUAUUCCCGGGAUGCUCGCUCGUAUCGGGAAAAGUCCCAUUUUGCGCAGAAAGAAGCGCAUGAAAAGAUAGCUUUCAAAAACUUCAGGGAAGGCGACCUAGCAUUAUUUUUACCGACACGCAACCAAGCUACUGGCGCAUGGGCUGCAUUUAAUGUGGGCGCCCCCCAUUAUUUCUUGAAAGAACAGGACUCCCAUAAACUUAGGUCCCGAGACUGGCUACUUGCAAGAAUUCAUAGAAUUGAACAUCGAGUUGUUGAUCUAUCAAAGUCACCUUCAGAAUCCCAACUUCAUCAAUCUGAUCGAAGAUCUUUCGGUGAGACGAGUGCUGGCGGCGAUUCAUUUGAGGAUGAUAAUCCAUUUGACUUAUCUGACGGAUUACGCUGGUAUCUAAUAUAUGCAGCUGAAGAAAAGUUAGGUGCCCCCACAACGCCAGGCUUGGGGAAAAGUACAGUCGCCAGCGCGCACAUCGAUGCAACAGGUAGCAUUCGACGUAGCAAAAAGUCUUCGAGUAGUGGCAUGGAUGGAAUUAAUCGAACUCUAAGUAAAAAUCUUGAUACACGACGAGGUAGUAGCAAUUCCAAAAAAUCAUUGCCCGCGACAAGCUCAUUAAUUAAAGUUGGUUCUACACCUUCCGAUACGGUAUCGUUGAAAACAGCAGCUACAACGCGGAAGGCUGGUGGUGACCCAGAGACUCAUACUACACAUCCGGUUAAUAAGGAAGAUGAAGUUUCUGAUCGGAUACUUGGCCAGGAACUUGAAAGCUAA